CAAUCGGAUGAAGAAGAAAAGUUAAAGAGGGAGUGCUAAAGCAGUCUCUCUUUUUUGGAUCUCUCGAACACAUUAUUGAUUAUACAAUUUAAUAUUACUCAUCAAAAUCUUUAAAUGAAAGCAUAAACUUCGUCAUAUAAAUCACACCCUUUUAAUUUGUUCUUCUCCGUUUCAUGGUAAUUAAGCUCUUUAGCAUAACCCCCAAACGUCCAUAGUUUUCCUCCGUUUGUUUCUCGGGAAAAUAUGAACCGAGGUCGUGUGUUGUCCUCUCCUUAUAUAGCAAUACCCGAUCCACACCAUCCUGAAGAUUCCAGCAGACUGGAAGGAUAUGGUCUUGCUACAAAUGUAAAGCUACUGCUAAAAUUGAUUCAAGAAAAUAAUGAAGCAAGUGCUAGAGAACAAGAUGAUCGGAAGCCGCAGAGGAUGGCCGGAAUGAUUACCAUUCUAGAUGACGUUAGAACGAGGAUUCAGAAAUCUCAAUCUAUGAUUGGAAAGCGAAGCAUGGUGGAACUGAGGCGGUGCAACACGGAUCUCCGUGCGAACCAUACUGUUCCGCGGGAUAGGAAGCCUCCGGAUCCAGUGACAGACGACAAAGAGCGGCUCCGGCAGGAGCUCACUGCGACCCUUGUGGCGAGAAAGAGUCUCGAGGCCAUGUGUUCCAGCUUGGGAAAGGAGAAGGAGAUCAUGGCUUCGGAGCUAGCGAAGAAGGUUCAAGAGUUGAACGAAUCAGAGGAAAUAAUCGAUUAUCUCAAAAAUCAAAACGAGACGUUGUUGGCGAAGGUACAGGUUUGUGCGGCGGAGCACAUAGAGAAGAAGUGCGACGGCCCAGAGGCGCAAGGGAAUGCCGCCCUUACGGAGAGGAACAAGACACUAACGGAGCAGCUUUUGAAGUCCCUUGACGCAUACAGAUCCUUGAAGAGAAAGUAUCAAAAUGUAAGAGACGAAAACGAGAGAUUUCAAGAAACAAUGGAGGGAAUGGGAGUGGAAGUUUCAGAAGGGAUCGGACGGAUAAAGGGUUUCCGACAAAGGUUGGCCUCAAAAGAGGCACAGCCAGUAGAUAUGGACGAAAAGAUUUCGGCAUUGGCAGAGAAGUUCGAGAGUUUUCAGAUGAGGAUUUCUAAGCACAUUGAAAGAAAAUCCGAGUGUGACAAAGGAUAAGAUCAAUGCCGAUAAUAAGAAUUCUGUUUGUAGGCUUUUGGAAUUAUGCUACUUUGUUAAGAUGAGUACAAAAUUUUUUGUAUGUUUGAUAUAAUCAUAUUGAACUAGUUCAAUUUUCUAGCUUAAUACUACUCUCCAAAUAGAUAUAUAAAGAAGCGAAUGCAAU